AGGUGCGAGCCAGGCUCUGAUUAUGAAACAGUCGAGAUGGAGAAAACACAUACCUAGAAGGCCUGGCAAAUCUUUCAUUACAAAUACAGUAGGAUAUAAUAGAAAUAUUUUUUUAUUGUCCUAAAGUGAGGAAAUUCAGAAGCACCAGCACCAUGUUAAAGCAGAGGGACCAGACGAUACCGUGAGGCGACUUGCAGCUGCUUGAUGAAAAGAGGAAAACAUUUAUUUUUACUGACAGACAGAGGCAUGGAUUCAUGGAUGACAGGCGUGUUUGUGCUCUUUGCACUGUUCAUGCCUGUUUGCUGUGAAGAAACCUUUUUCACUGAUCCGGUCAUCUGCUACUUUCUGGACGCGUUUCUGAUGGUUUACUGUAUUGCUGCAACGGCGCUGUUCUUCAGAGAAAAAUUCUCCAAAAUGCCAAGAGUUCAACCGGAGCCUGGAGAAAAGGGGGGAAUUUACCAGGAACUCGAGAGGCCAAAGGACACUGAUGCUUAUGACAUGCUUGACCCCAAAAAAGCAAAGGGAAAAAGUGACAGGAAGAAGAGAGUUAAGAAGAGUCAGGGCAAGCCGAAGGAUAAGGAUCAGUAUGAAUCUGUUCCCACCAGCCCUCGGCCCUCUGCAGCUCCGUAGCGACGCAGUUGCAGAAACAGAAAAGUUCAUUGCAGCUGAGAUGAAUGGAAGAUUAUUGCCCGAUUUUUAUGUAAAGGCUUUCCUUUUCUCUUCGCUUUUUUGUAUCGAUAAGCACUUCAUUUAUUUAGUGGUUCAUUAGAUAAAACGUGGUUGGAUUUUUGGGAGACAUGAGGUUUUGUACCGAUGAGAACAGAUAGUUAUGCACUGUGUAAAACAAGACGACCUUUUUUCUUCACUGUCUGGCAUUAAAUCAGACUAAACAUUUCCUGUCUUAUGUCAGCUUCUUAAGUUGUUUCUAUUUGCUAAAUAGCUGAAUGACAUUUUUACCUUCUUCAAACCCAGAAGUUAAACACACCUACUGAUUUGAUUCUCAUUUGAGUAAAAUGAAGGCAACUCAAAACUGAGAGCUAUUGAUCUUCACAGUAAUAAAACUGAUUCAGCCUGUGAAAAAGCAAAACAUCUUGUAAAAAACCUUGGCUGAAGCUGGUGAAUGUCAUUACAUGGGCUGAAAAAGCCACACAGCAAGAACAUUUUAAGAGAUUCUUUUGCAAUAGCACUCUGGGGCAAAGAGCUUGACUUUUACAGGCAUGUUGAAGUGAUUACUUCUACAUUUGUAGGAUGUUUGAUACUUGCAAACAUCUCAAGUGUGAAGUAGGGGUGUGGCAACCUUCUCUUGAGUGUUUUGCUCCAGGAUAGACUGAUUAAAUGACUUAAGAAAAGAGUAAUAAAUACAAAAACUGAAGCAGCAUCUCAAGACGUCAGCCAGGAAGUUAAAUCUUGGACUUAAAUUCAGUUUUCUAAAUGGUGAACAACACUAAUAAUCCCGCUAAGUUAGCUACAAAGUAACUUUAAGGACAAUAACAUCAGUGUUUUGGAGUAGCCGUUAAAAAGCCUGGAUCUGACUCCAACAGGAAAUGUGUGAGCGAUGCCACCUACAAAGCUGACUCAAAAUUCCCACAAAUGAUUUGACAGAAUAUUAUUAAAGAACACCAAAAAUAUUUGACCUUACUAAAAAACUGAAUAGCUGAAAUUGUAAUUUUACCACAUGCUAAAGAAGCACAAGCAAACUUUUGACGUUAAAGUAAAAAAAUAAACUUGGAAAAAUAGUCUCCUUCUGACAUUUAGCAAAUAGAUGAAAAUUAAUUCCGACUAAAAUAUUCCGACUGAUUUUAUGUUUUCGUUUUUUUAGCCUGCUGUCAUGCUGCAAUAAUAGUAAUAGAUGUAUUUUCUAAACAUAGUAAAGCACAGACUGAUGUAAAAUUGAACACAAUAGUAACUCUACAGACGGAUUCACUGUACAUAACAGGAGAAAGCACAUGUCAAAACACUUGGAAAACAGUUUUAAUGAUGUUUACAACAAAAAAAAGAAACUGUACAUUUACAGUAAAAGAUUAUCUUUGUAUGUGUAUAAAAACAAAAAACAAAAAUACAGCAGACAAAUGCAUCAAAAUCUACUAUGUAUCCUGAUUCACAUACUUAAAACUCCUACACAAUCUUUCAUUUCUAAACCUCCAGGACUGGAGGCCUUUACUUAUUUUUCUUUUUUUUUUAUUAUUAUUCUUUUUAGUAAUAAUAUCAGAGCAGUGUCCCUCUCUCAGUGUUGUAUUUCAGGUGAAAACCAAAACUCCUUACAUUCGAGUCCUGGAAAGUAAAUCGAUAGACUGCAGAGUAAGAAAAGGGAGGAAAAUAAAACAGGAACACAUUCCUUUAGAUCAGCCCAAGCUUCCAACAUGAAUUGUUUUACAGAACGCAUUUCUCGAGAUACACUGACAUAAUAUGUACAUGGUUGUCAUCUUUUUUUUUUCUUAUUAUUUUUCAAUUUUUUAUUGAAAGCUGUGGUUGCCUGGGCCGGAAAACUGAUAAUCGCACACAUGACACACCCAAAAAAACAUACAAAAAUACCAUAUCUUUAACCUACUAAGAGUAAGACAGCUCUGCAAUUAGUUCCAUGCUGUGACAGAAAAUAAAAAAAAAAAAUACAGAGGUUACAACAAA